ACCGCUGUGGCCGUAUAGUGCCUUUACAGGCCGCAUGCAAGAGAAGGGGGCUGCGUAGGACCGUUGCAGUUAGUCUGGAGAUGAAGUUCUGCAAGCAAGCCUGCAGUGCAACUUCAGCUUACUUUACCGCUCACCAAACAAUCGCCUAUUCUGUCGUCCGUCCACGCAGACGUCACGUAGGCAAAGGCACCCAGCGCCAGCGCGGCCGUCGCGCGCUGCUAUAAAUAAAUCCCCUUCACGCAACUCGCUCCCGCCUCCACGCAGCUCCACUCCACGGGCUAGCAGCAGCAGCAGCUUCCCCAUGCAUGCAAUGGCGUGGUGGGGCGGCGAGGAGGGCGAGCCGUUAUUCCCGUCCGUGGACAAGUGCGACGCGUCCCGCCUCGGUCGGGACUCCACGCUGGUGGCGGACCUGGACGGCGCGCUGCUCCGCUCCCCGGACGCCUUCCCCUACUACGCGCUCGUCGCCUUCGAGACGGGCGGCGCGGCGCGCCUGGCGCUGCUGCUGCUGCUGGCGCCGCUGGCCGCGGCGCUGCGCCGCGCGGUGUCGGAGUCCGCGGGGGAGCGGGUGCUGGUGUUCGCGGCCACGGCGGGCGCGCGCGUCGCCAACGUCGAGUCCGCGGCGCGCGCCGUGCUGCCCAGGUUCUACGCCGCCGACGUGCGCCGGGACGCGUGGCGCGUCUUCUCCGCGUGCGGGGGGCGGAGGCUGGUGCUCACCGCCGCGCCGCGGGUCAUGGCCGAGCCGUUCCUGCGGCGGUACCUCGGCGCCGACGCCGUCGCCGGCACGGAGCUCGCCGCGUGGCGGGGACGCGCCACGGGGUGGGUGGACGCGCGCCGCGGCGGCGUGCUCGUCGGCGAGAGCAAGGCCCAGGCGCUGCGGCAGAUGCUCGACGCCGGGGAGGUGCCCGAUGUCGGGCUCGGCCACCGGAGAUCGGAUUACGCCUUCAUGAGUUUCUGCAAGGAGGCCUACCUGGUGCCGCGGACGCCGGUGGAGGCCGUGCGCGCGGACGAGCUGCCGAAGCGGGUCGUCUUCCAUGACGGCCGCCUGGUGCAGCGCCCGACCCCGCUCGUGGCCCUUCUCACCGUGCUGUGGUUCCCCGUCGGCCUGCUGCUAUCGCUGGUCCGCGUCGCCGCGGGGGUGCUGCUCCCGAUGCGGUGGCUCCGCGUCGCGUUCCACGCGCUGGGCGUGCGCGUCGUCGUGCGGGGGACGCCGGCGGCGGCGGCGGCGGCGGCGACACGCACGGGGGUGCUCUUCGCCUGCAGCCACCGCACGCUCCUGGACGCCGUCUUCCUCUCGGUGGCGCUGGGCCGGCCCGUGGCCGCCGUGACCUACUCGCUGUCCCGCCUCUCGGAGUUCCUGUCCCCGAUCCGCACCGUGCGGCUCACCCGCGACCGCGCCGCCGACGCGGCCACCAUCGGGCGCGUGCUCGCCGAGGGCGACCUCGCCAUCUGCCCCGAGGGGACCACGUGCCGGGAGCCGUUCCUGCUGCGGUUCUCGGCGCUGUUCGCCGAGCUCACCGACGCCGUCGUGCCGGUGGCGGUGGAGUGCCGGAUGGGCAUGUUCCACGGCACCACGGCGAGGGGGUGGAAGGGGAUGGACCCCUUCUACUUCUUCAUGAACCCGAGCCCGGUGUACACGAUCACGUUCCUCGACAGGCUGCCGCCCGAGCUCACCUGCGGCGGCGGGAACAAGUCCGGCCACUGGGUGGCCAACUACGUGCAGAGGCUUAUAGCCUCCACGCUGUCCUACGAGUGCACCGGCCUCACCCGGAAGGACAAGUACAGGGAGCUAGCAGACAACGACGGCCUAGUUUUAAACUUUUAAUUUGUAAAACUUCGUCGCCACUGUAGAUUGCGUAAUAAUCUUGUUCUGUCCUGGUGGCGCUGAAUAUAUUGACAAUCGACCACUGCCUGCUGGACACGACAUGGCGUUAGAACAGCAGCUUCAUUUUUC